AUGACCGGUCGGAACGAAAGCUGGUUGAAUCGUCGUUUAGAAAUCGACAGUUCGUUACAGUACGUCCCGAAUAUGGCCCUAUCGGAAGAAGACAUUCUGAAGAUUUGCGAUGGCCUGGACUCCACAACGGCUAGGCCUAUUGAACAGGGUAAGUCAAGAUCAUUUUACUUUUUUAGGCUCAACGAUUGAUUUUGGACAUAAAACUUAACUUUAUACCUAAAUACUAUUUUUAAGCCUAAAACAAUAUUUUUGAGACGAAUAUCAUAUAUUUAAGCCUAAAGCUCAUUCAUAAGACUAAAAUGUCAUUCUUACUCAGUUUUCAGAUGAAGUUACAGCCUUGAGCGUACUGAAUAGUGAAAAAGAAUACAGUUCCUACGCAGAGAAUUCGAAUGAAAAAGAGCAGGAAAACGAAAGAUCGAUCAGAGAAUUGCCAUAUCAACAAGACACCGAACUUGUAGCUCAAUUUCAUGAAUUAACACUCCAAGAAACCCCGAAACCAAACGAGGAAAUUGAAGGCGAAACAUUAGAAACUCAACUUGAAGGUAAGUUAACAUGAACUUUUUGAUUUUUUAUAAUCAAAACAUAUAUUAUAUAAAUUAAACUUACAUUUAUCUUGAAGCCAAAUAACUGCCGAUCAUUUUAAGUCCAAUUUCGAGUCAAUCAAGGCUAUAUACAUUGAGUUACACUAGUGUUUUGUUUCAGCUCACGAAGAUCAACAUCCAUUGGCCAAAGUCUCGCAAUAUCAGCAGGAAGAUCUGCGUGAAUACAGUCCAAUGCACGAUGCUUACCACUGGAAACUCAUGAACUAUCAACACCUCGUCGAUGAACCACCAGCACCUCAAGCCAAGGUCGAAUCCGUCUAUUUGUUCUAG